AUCGGAAACCUACUCCAAACUCAAGCCGAGUCGCGCGACGCGUUACCCUUCAUUUCAACUUUCCUGGCACGCGCAGAGAUUUGACUACCUAUCCGUCGCUUAUUCUCGUAGUCUAUAAUGCAUGCUAUUAGUUGCACCUUGUCAUAUCUCGCAACGUAACUCGGCCUCUAUUGCGCAUACCAUCCACGCGCUCCUGAUUCCGGCUUUAUUCGUUUGCGCAAUUCGAGCCCCGGCCAUCACUUUGACGCGCCCUCAAUCAACACUACGGGUUGAGCUCAAGACCAGGAGUGACCCCUCUAAUCAACCUACCGUAGCAUCAUAUUCUCCGGUCACGACUACACAACUACACGCCUUCCACUCUCUUUCCUAGAUACCCGGCCGUGCUGCCCCACGACCUCAUCAUGGGCAAACUUAUCCGUCUGGAGUUGUUUAACUUCAAAUCGUACAAAGGGCAUCAUGUUCUUCUCUUCGGAGACUCAUACUUCACCUCUAUCAUUGGACCCAAUGGAUCUGGCAAGUCUAACUCCAUGGACGCCAUAUCUUUCGUCCUGGGCAUCAAGUCCUCACAUCUACGCUCCGCCCACCUCAAAGACCUCGUUUACCGCGGACGAGUCCUGAAAACGGCCAAGAUCAAUGAUGACGGUUCUGCGCAGACCAAUGGCCACGCAAACGGUGACGCUGAUGGUAACGAUAAAGCCUCCCGUGGCGACCCCAAAACGGCAUGGGUCAUGGCUGUGUACGAAGACGAUGCUGGUGAGGAGCAGAAAUGGAAGCGCUCCAUCACGAACCAAGGAGCCAGCGAGUACCGAAUCAACGAUCGCGUUGUCACAGCCCAGCAAUACAACGAGUCUCUUGAGAGUGAGAACAUUCUUAUCAAGGCACGAAACUUUCUCGUCUUCCAAGGAGAUGUUGAGGCCAUUGCUUCGCAAUCCCCUCAGGAUCUCACGCGCCUGAUCGAACAAAUUUCGGGAAGUCUUGAGUAUAAGGCAGAAUAUGAGAAGACACAGCUCGAGGCUGAACAGGCUGCCGAGAACCAGAACUUCCAGCUUCAUAGACGACGUGGCAUCAACUCGGAAAUUAAGCAAUACAGGGAACAGAAAAAGGAAGCAGACAACUUCCAGAACAAGACUGAUGAGCGCGAUGCGGCAAUAGUUGCACAUAGUUUGUGGAAACUAUACCAUUUCCAGAAAGCCAUGGAGGAUUCGUUUGCCGCUAUCCAGGAUCAUCAGGAAAAUCUCAAAGAACUGCGCCGCAAUGUGGAAUCGUUUGAAAAGAGGCUUGAAGCGGCCAGGAAGGAACAGGCUGCCGCUCACAGGCAAGUUGCCCGUUUAGACAAAGAGAUCAAGGCCAAAGAAAGAAAUAUCGAGGAUAAAGAGAACAGUCUUGUUCCCAUCGAGGAGAAGAUCAAUGAAUCUACGCAGGCAGUUGAAACACUUCAGGCUGCAAUCGCCAAGGCCACCAGGGAACGUGACGAGCAGGCCGAGGUUGUUCGCCAGGUCCAGAAGGAUAUUGACAGCGUAGAGAAGGCCCGUCAAGUUUUCGAAAACGAUUACAAAGAACAAAUGAAGAAACAGGGCCGCGAGAUCAGCGAUGAGGAUCGCCGAGAGUACAACAGACUGCGCACUCAGCUCAUGUCCAGGACCGGUUCUAAUCAGGCCAAGCUUGAGAACCUUGACCGGCAGCGCAAAGCAGAUGAAGUAACCGUCAAUAAUCUGAAAGGCAAAGUCGAUAGCAUUGCGGCAAGCAUCGAAAAGAUUGAGGCAGAGCUAUUGAGCAUCGAGGAACGCAAAUCUGCAGCGCAGGCGACCUCUAAAGACCUUUCGCAGGAGAUUGAAGCUAAAAAGAAGGAGUUCAAUAAACUCCAAUCAGAACGCGUCAGGACCAAUCAGAAGCGAACUGAGCUUGAGGAGAAGCUCGAGGAUGUCGCUAGAAAGCUUAGAGAAGCUGAUGAUGGUCGGCGCCAGAACGACAGGGAAGCUAGGAUGAAAGAGAUGGUAACCUCUUUGAAGCGCAUGUUUCCAGGUGUCCGUGGUCGAGUCGGUGACCUAUGCAAACCCAAGCAGAAAAAGUAUGAUGAAGCUGUCAUUGUGGCACUUGGGAGAGACUUCGAUGCUGUCGUCGUCGACUCCGAGAAAAUCGGCGUGGAAUGUGUUCAAUACCUCAAGGAACAAAGAUUUCAGCCCAUGACAUUCAUCCCUCUGGACAAUAUCAAGGUCAACGCAGUCAACACAGCCGUCAAGGGGUUUUCUGGCGCUCGGCUGACGAUUGAUACCAUCGACUUUGAUUCUUCCGUUGAGCGUGCCAUGUCGUAUGCAUGUGGAAGCUCUGUUGUGUGUGACACUCUUGAUAUUGCCAAGCACAUUUGUUACGAAAAAAAGAUUCCCGUCAAAGCUGUGACAUUGGAAGGUUACAUCAUCCAUAAAGCAGGCCUGAUGACAGGUGGUCGUGGACCCGAGUCGAAGAGUAAGAGACGUUUCGAAGAGGCAGAUGUUCAGAAUCUCCAGCGAAUGGCCACCAAGCUUAAGGAUGAGAUUGACCGACUACCCAAGGCUGACCGCCGGGGCUCCCAAGAAGAAACCCUUCAAAUUGACUUGUCCGGGCUCGAAAGGCGGUUGGCAGCCAUCAAAGACGAACUGGCAGCCUUCAACAAGAACCAUGCUAGCAAGAAGCGCGAACUGGACAAUCAAAAGAGGCAACUUCGAGAGCUCGAGCCCAAAUACCAAGAACAGGCAUCCCAGCUUGAAAGCACCACUGCCACGUGCGAAGAAUUUCGGACUGCCAUCGCACGAGUUGAAGAUGAAGUGUUUGCAGAUUUUUGUAGACGACUCGGUUAUAGCGAUAUUCGAAGCUACCGUGACUCGCAAGGCAAGCUGGAGCAGGAGGUCUCUGAAAAGCGCAAUGAAUUCGAAGUCCAAAAGCAAAAACUGUCGAGUCGACUCCAGUGGGAGCAGCAACGUCACGCAGCUGCUACUGCGCGAAUUGAUCGCAAUCAAGCCCAUGUCCGAAAGCUCAGAAACGAUAUCAAGUCUUAUGCAAGAGAGAAGGAAGCCAUUGAGAAUGCGAUGCGUGAGGAGCAGGAAGAGUUGGAAGCUCUUCGCGAGGCACUAGACGAGAAUAAGUCAGAGCUCACCGAAAAGAGCCAGAAGGUGUCAGAGGCUAAGCUCGAAGUUCAAAAGCGGUCAAAGGACAUCGAAGCUUAUCUGAAAGACAUCAAUUCCCUUGAAACCGUGGUUCAGAAGAACAGCGCUAGCAAAGCGGCAUUACUUCGACGAUGCCGACUAGAGCAGAUCCGCAUCCCGCUUGCGGAGGGCACAUUGGAGAAUCUACCCAAUGACGACCGUCUGCUUAACCAGGACCCAGAUGCCAUGGACAUAGACGAUGAGGACGAUGAUGAGGAGAUGAUGGGCAUGGCACUUGAUGAUCACGGCAUUACCAUUGACUUUAGUGGACUUGACGACGAACUUAAAGCUUCGGAUGACCCGAACGUUGAAGAAAGUCUAUCAGAGAAGAUUACGAAUCUGACGUCGGAGCUCGAGAAGUUGAACCCCAACAUGCGAGCAAUGGAAAGGUUGGAAAGCGUUGAGUCCCGGCUGAGAGUCACAGAUCAGGAGUAUGAAGAUUCAAAAACAGCGGCACACGAAGCCAAAGAGGUCUUCAACCGGGUCAAGCAAAAAAGAUAUGACCUCUUUAACAAGGCCUUCAGUCAUAUCCAGGAGCAAAUAUCACAUGUAUACAAGGAUCUCACCCGGUCAGAAGCAUACCCUCUUGGUGGUCAAGCCUAUUUGGACAUCGAGGAAGACACGGACAUGCCCUAUCUGUCCGGUAUUAAAUAUCAUGCCAUGCCGCCUCUGAAGCGUUUCAGAGAUAUGGAGCACUUGUCUGGAGGCGAAAAGACAAUGGCAGCACUGGCACUCUUGUUUGCUAUUCACAGCUACCAGCCUAGCCCCUUCUUUGUUCUUGACGAAGUGGACGCCGCUCUAGACAACGCCAACGUGGACAAGAUCAAGAAGUACAUCAAGGACCACCGUGGUCCAGGUAUGCAAUUCAUUGUGAUCAGUCUCAAGGCAGGUCUAUUCCAAGACAGCGAUAGCCUGGUGGGUGUUUACCGAGACCAGGAGGUCAAUAGUUCAAGAACCCUUACUCUAGAUCUGCGGCAAUAUGUGUAGGUGAGGCUAGAGCAGUUAGAAUCUUUGUGAUUAUUCCUCUCGGACCUUGAGGGGGAAAGUUGGGUGUCUGGCGCACAACGUCGUGGAAGAGACAUGGAAUUUCGUAUGGGCCAAGGAAGCCAUUAUGCCAUUCAGCACCGCAACUCUGAGUUAAGCAUAAAUAAUGCAGGCCUAAUGAUAUUAAGUGAUGAAUCUACACUUUCAAGUUGUUUAUUCCUCAACCUAUCUCCGACUUUUGUGGCUGCCACUAGGUAAAGAGGCUUCUGCUGAACCGACCCAAACAAAGACUCUCCUUUAUGCUCAUGCCCGACUGGCUUGCUUGGCGUUGGUGCAUUGCUUUGUAGUGUCAGAUGAAUGUAGAUAUAGAGGCGUCUCAAAGGGGAGCUUAUGGCAGAAUGAUGGUUCCCAUUGUCAACUAAUCAACUGACACUGCCUAUUUCAACCUGCGUCGUGACUAUCUAGCUCCAAGUCUUGAUUGCUACCUAAGGGACUAUUGUCGUCUGAAACUCUUUCUUUACCUCGUAUCUACUAAGCUUAUGAAUAAUACCGCAGGCAGGUUAGGUAGUAGGCAGGCAGACAGCUGUGACUCUUCCCUUGGUUGCCUGCA